AUGCUCACCUGCAAUUCUCUCGCCGGGCUGAUAGGCACAGCAUGUAGUCACUACUUUGCUGCCUGCUCUGAUGCCGUGUUGUUGAUUGCAAAUAUAGUCUUGGAUAACCAGAGUGACGUUGUUUGCACGGUUGAUAACGAUACAAUUCAUCACGUUACGAAUCACAUAGCUUCGUUCGGCCAGCUGACUCGUGACAUUGGGCCUGACAACUUGAUCCUGGGAGAUGAUAGCAAGCCAGAUCCUCUUGACAGCGGUCCUAUUGCUCUUCGAGUUCCAAAGGGCCAGCAUAGCGACUUGAAAGACUUCAUUUACGUACCAAUUUUCACUCAGGAUAUCCAAACUGCUCCCUUUCAGCGAGUUGACAUCUUUUUGAAUGAAAGAAGGGGCUUAGCAAGCCAGAGAGACUCUUUGUGCGAGUGA